ACCAUACAAAUGCAGAGAGAGAAUCGGUCUCUCUGUCAGUGUGAGAUGGAAGCCGAUGUUUCAAUUUGAGUUGAAAGCCAGUUGAACUGAGUGUUAAUUUGCGUAUAAAUUUCCAAAAUCAAAAUAAUCGAACAAAAAUAUAUGUUAGGGUUUAUGCGAUUUCAAUUCAAUGGAGAAACUGAAGAAUCUUGCGGCGGUAAAUUUUCUUUGCUUACUGAGUCUUUGUUCGGUGGGGUCAGCUACUGUCCUCUUGAUUGGGAGCAACGUUACUCUGUCUUUCGAUGAUAUCGAGGCUAAUUUCGCUCCGGCGAUUAAAGGGUCGGGUGAAUUUGGGAUGUUGUAUCUGGCGGAGCCUCUGGAUGCAUGUUCAGACUUGAGUAAUAAAGUGGAAAACAUUUCAAAUAAGGGUGCCCCAUUUUUAUUGAUCGUUAGAGGAGGAUGUAGCUUCGAAGAUAAAGUCAGAAAAGCUCAAAAAGCAGGGUUCCAAGUUGCUAUUGUCUAUGACAAUGAUGAUGAUGGUGUCUUGGUUGCAAUGGCAGGAAACUCCGCUGGCAUAAAAAUACAUGCUGUUUUUGUGUCCAAAGCUUCAGGUCAAAUACUUAAACAGUAUGCUGGUUUAACUGAUGUGGAGCUCUGGAUAAUACCAAGUUUUGAAAACUCAGCAUGGUCAAUCAUGGCAAUCUCUUUUAUUUCCCUUCUUGCCAUGUCUGCAGUUCUGGGUAUUUGCUUCUUUGUACGCAGGCAUCGUAUAAGACGAGAACCUCGAUCUUCUCAUGUGCGGGAAUUUCAUGGUAUGAGUAGACGCUUAGUGAAAGCAAUGCCAAGCCUGAAUUUUACUACUGUUUUAGAGGAUAAUUGUACCUCAAGAACAUGUGCCAUAUGCCUUGAAGACUACAGUGUUGGAGAGAAACUCAGGAUCCUGCCUUGUUGUCACAAAUUUCAUGCUUUCUGUGUGGAUUCUUGGCUCACAUCAUGGAGAACCUUUUGCCCGGUUUGCAAGCGUGAUGCAAGAACUAGCACUGGUGAACCGCCUGCAUCAGAAUGUACGCCACUGCUUUCAUCAAACCCUGCCUCUGUGGCAUCCUCAUCUGUACUGUCAUCUUUCAGAUCUUCAGUAGGAUCGACUUCUGCUUUGCAAAUAGGCCCAUCAAUGUCACGAUCACCCUUUAUAUCUCAUGUUCAUUCUCUUGCUUCCACUCAUAUUCCGCAAUCUGUUGGGUCAUAUCGCCAAACUCCUUGCAUGAGUGUUGGUCGGAGCUCUGUAGAUAUCAGAAAUGCAUCUUCCCAGAGAUCUCGAGCAUCCUUUUUAGUUUCACCCAACUCCUUGGGUUACCCAUCUAUGUCACCUCUUAACUCAAGAUACUUGUCCCCGUAUCUUCCAAGCCCAAGCAAUGCAUCACUGAGUAUUUUUGGUUCUUCCAGUCAUCAGCAGCAUCCACUGCAUUGCAGUGAGUCUGCUGCAACUUUCUCCCCUUAUGGCUCUGCUCAUUCUCUUCCAGAAACAUAAUUUGGAGUUUUGAGUAUUUUGUAAAGAGCUAGAGGCAGUGUUUCGACGAAGCUAAGAGGUAAGUGAACCUAAAAUCGGACAAUGCACAUUCUUUUGAACUUCAGGUUUUAUCUUACGGUGGCGUGAACUUGGGUUUUUUUCUGAUAUAAUGGGUUGCAUUUUUAUGUCGUUAGGAUUGUGAUAUAAGCCACCUGAUUUGUGCAUUGUAGCAUAAGAAAGUGAUUUGUUUGAAACUUUAAAUUUAUAGGUGAUUGAUCCCGCAUGUAACUAAAAAUUUAUAGGUGUGAUUAGGAAAAUUGAGUGCAUUGUGAUGUUUUGGGUUUUGUGGACAGUGAUGUUGUGUUAUUGUAUUAUAGGAAGCACUGACCAUCAAGUUGUAUAGAAUUUGCCGUUUUGAGAUGCUCAUUCUGCUUAAUGUAAUUGGUGACUUGGUCUUUUUGCUCGUUUUCCAAUGUGGUUUAUUUUUCUCAA